GCAGCCCGCGCGUAGCCGGCGCGGCGCGUUCCCGGGGCCGAAGCGCUCCCGUUCGGGGUCUCGCGGGCGGCGGGAGCGGGUGGGACGUGCAUGAAAACGGCCGAAAGCGGCAAAACCCGGGGCCCCGCAGCCCGGCGCCGGGGCCACCGGCGUGCCGGGGCGACGCCAUGGCUUUCGCCGACCUCCUGGCCCACGUCGGGGGCAUGGGGCGCUUCCAGGUGACCUACGUGGCCCUCUUGGCCUUGCCCGUCUUCAUGAUGGCCAGCCACAACCUUCUGCAGAACUUCACGGCGGCCACCGGCGAGCACCGCUGCCGGGUGCGCUGGGAAGCCAACGGCACCGGCCUCGGCCCCGGGGACCUCCUGCGGGUCUCCGUCCCCCGCGGCGAGCGCUGCCGGCGCUACGUCGUGGCCCAGUGGUGGCUCCUGGAGGCCAACGGCACGGCCGCCAACGGCACCGAGCCCGAGACGGAGCCCUGCCGCGACGGCUGGACCUACGACCGCAGCGAGUUCCCCAGCACCAUCGUCACCGAGUGGGAUCUGGUGUGCGGCGCGCGGGGGCUCCGGCAGCUGGCCCAGUCGCUCUUCAUGGCCGGCGUCUUGGUGGGCGGCAUCGUCUUCGGGGCCCUCUCGGACAGAUUUGGCCGCCGGUCGCUGUUGACCUGGUGCUACCUGCAGAUGGGCGCCAUGGGGACGUGCACCUCCUUCGCGCCCACCUUCCCCGUCUACUGCCUCUUCCGCUUCCUCACCGGCGCGGCCCUCUGCGGCAUCGUCCUCAACACCGUCUCGCUCUCCCUGGAGUGGAUGCCCACGGGAGCCCGGGCCAUCGUGGGGACCAUGAUGGGCUACUGCUACAGCCUGGGGCAGUUCCUGCUGGCCGGGGUGGCCUACGCCAUCCGCGACUGGCGCUGGCUGCAGCUCGCCGUCUCCCUGCCCUUCUUCGUCUUCUUCCUCUACUCCUGGUGGCUGACGGAGUCGGCUCGUUGGCUGCUCAUGGCCGGGAAGCCCAAGCGGGCCCUGAAGGAGCUGAAGAAAGUGGCCAGGAUGAACAGGAAGAAAGAGGAGGCGGACAAGCUCGACAUUGAAGCCCUGAAGUCCUACAUGGAGAAGGAGAUGACCUCCAUGAAGAGCAGCCACACGGUGCUGGACCUGGUGCGGACGCCCACGGUGCGCCGCAUCUCCUGCUGCCUCUGCUUCGUGUGGUUCUUCACCAGCUUUGCCUACUACGGGCUGGCCAUGGACCUGCAGAACUUCGCCUUCAACAUCUACGUGAUCCAACUGGUCUUCGGGGCCGUGGACAUCCCGGCCAAGAUGGUCUCCAUCCUCACCAUCACCUUCGUGGGGCGACGCUUCACCCAGGCGCUCGCCCUCAUCCUGGCCGGGCUGGCCAUCUUGGCCAACAUCUUCGUGCCGCAAGAGCUGCGAACGCUGCGGACCGCCCUGGCCGUCUUCGGCAAGGGUUGCCUGGCCGCCUCCUUCAACUGCGUCUACCUCUACACCAGCGAGCUCUACCCCACCGUCAUUCGGCAGACGGGCAUGGGGCUGGGCAACACGCUGGCGCGGGUCGGCAGCAUCACGGCCCCGCUGGUGAAGAUGGCCGGCGAGCUCUUCCCCACGCUGCCCUUCAUCAUCUACGGGGCGGCGCCGGUGGCGGCGGGGCUGGCGGCCACCUUCCUGCCCGAGACCCGCAACGCGCCGCUGCCCGAGACCGUGGAGGAGGUGGAGAGCAGGGCCCGUCCCCGGCCGGACGAAGCCCAGCAGCUCCAGGUCCUGCUCCACGCCCAGCCCGGCCCCGCGCCCCAGGGGAGCCCGAAGCCCCGCUAGGGCCAACCCCCGCCCGGAGAGAGCCCAAAACCCCCCAAAUCCACCCCCAAAUCCUCCUGACGGCGCCCAGCGGGAUGAGGAGGAAGGAGCGGGGCCGGGGGACGACCAGCGCCCGGGAGAGAGCGACGGGACGGCAGCGUCGACCCGGGAGACGCCGCUGCCCCUCACGCCGGCGAAGGGACCCAGGCGUCCGGGCCCCCGUUCUCCCUCCCUCGCACGCAUCAUUGCCCAAAAACACCGCUUUUCCCCCCGUUUUCAGCUUCGCGGGAUGGUUUACACCGAGGCAGCAAUAAAGCAAAAUUCUGGUGUUAAA